UUGUGUUAGAGACUAUUUUAUAACCUGUCGACUCAGAGGAACAUAGUAGCAUUAGAACGAAAGAAUUUCGUGAAAGUUCCUGUACAAAGUACAAUUCUACUACAACUGGCAUUUUCUGUGAUACUUUUGUGGUGUUCAAUAAGGGUGUACCAUACAUAUGACGUUUUGAAAGUGGAAUGGCGUUAGUAAAUCAAAUUCAAAGGUUCUCGAGAUCAGUUCUCGGCAUUGUUUCGAAUUAUUCAAAAUAUACAAGCAACACAACGUUGCCUCUUUUACAGACAACAAGACGAACAUCAACUACGCAACCACUUUCAGAAAAGCAAGAAGUAAAUAUAACAUUUGUUAGAGCAAGUGGAGAAAGAAUCAAAGCAAAAGGAAAAAUUGGAGAUACUAUACUAGAUAUAGUAGUGAAUAAUGAUAUUGAUUUAGAUGGAUAUGGUGCCUGUGAAGGAACAUUGACAUGUAGUACAUGUCAUUUAAUAUUUUCAAAAGAAGUAUAUGAUGCUCUUCCUGACAAGCCAACAGAUGAAGAGUUAGACAUGUUAGAUCUAGCAUAUGAAUUAACAGACACGUCACGUCUAGGCUGUCAAAUAGUAAUGACUAAAGAACUAGAUGGAAUUGAGGUAAGAGUACCAGCAACAAUUAAUGAUGCAAGAGCAUAAUUAGCAUUGGUUAGAUAGAUUUCUAAAAAUUUGUACAACUUCUCUUAUAAUUAUUAAAAUGUUGGAAUUAC